AUGCAACAAAAAUCGUUACUGUCCCUCUUUGUGAUUUUCUGCUGUCUAUAUGGUUUCGUCGAAAGUGAUACCAUCUUGCCCGAUCCCGCUGGACUCUGCAGUCUGUUCCAGGAUGGUACUCGUAUUCGGAAGCCCGGCUCAUGCACAGAGUAUAUUCAUUGUGCCAACUCCACGGGCAUUACCUACUCAUGCCCAUCCACACAGAAGUUCGAUCGUAGUAAGCAAAGCUGCGUCUUAGAAGCAAAUCUAUCGGACACUGACGACUAUUGCAGAAAUCGUUGUGAGGGUAUUGACGGCAAAUGGAUCACCGACCCCGCUUCCUGCAAGGGAUAUCUCUAUUGCAAAUCAGGGCAAUCAUUCCAGGGUUAUUGUCCAAGUGAUUAUGUUUUCAACGAAAAAGAUGCAAUCUGCGAUUUUGCGGAUAACUACAAUUGUAAUGUGGUGCCAGAAAUUUGUGACUUGGUGCCGAAUGGAAUGCAAUACCGCGACACAACUGACUGCAAUAAAUACUACACGUGUACGAAAGGCGUAAGUGUGAGCACCACGUGCACCAAAAACACGCAUUACAAUGUGCAAACGAAAUCUUGUGGCCAACAAUGGCUGGAUAGCUCUUGCAUACCCACUUUCACCUGUGGAACAAAUACGAAAAUACUUACAGGCUUCCAAUCGGAUGGCGCUACAUGUCGUGGCUAUUUCUAUUGUCGCGAUCUGGGCACCGAACGGGACUUGGAACCUGGCUAUGGCCAAUGUCCUGAGGGUACGUUUUUCCACCAAAGUACUCAAGCAUGUAUCGAUCCGCUCAAGUCAGACUGCGCAUAUAAUCGAUGUCAAGGUCGCAAUAUUACUUACGUGCAGACUAACAAUGAUAACUGCCGAAACUUUAUCCUUUGCGAGAAUGGUGUAGCGACUAAAACACAACGUUGCUCUGGUGACAAGUUUUUUGAUGAAAAAAUGCAGGCUUGUGUAACCAAUAUAGUUUCGUAUGAUUGCUGUGAUGGGAAGUAAAAAACAGGAACUUCUAUUAAAAAUUCAAAAUUUUAAACAAAUAAUAUGUAUGCAAACCAGCAAACCAAAAUUUAUAGCAAUUAGUAGUGUAAGCAGCUGCAAAAUUCGCAUGUAAACCCAGACUAAUAACGUCCAACUAAACCUUACAAAAAUGUGUAAAUUGACGCACCACGAAAGUGCAUAGCUUUCACUGUGGCUGGACAUAAUCGGUACGAACUUUUUGUUACCGAGAAAAUGAACUGCCAGUACUAAUACGUGCGAUAUAGGGCCUGCAUAACGAU